GACAAUUCAGUUCAGAACUCAGAAGCUUUGCCACGAUCAACAGUCACACAGAAGAAAAAGGCGAUCUAGCUUGUGAGUGAGGAGAUGGCGCACUACCAGCAGGGCCAGCACGGCCACCAGCAGGCCACCCGCGUCGACGAGUUCGGCAACCCGAUCACUGGCGGGCAUAGCGUUCUCGGGCGGACCGGCGGGCACGGCACCACGGGCACGGGUGCCCACGGCGCCACCGAGACCGGCAGCUACGACGCCGGGGGAUACAGCCCAACCGGCACAGGUGUGCACGACGCCGGGGGCUACGGUGGCUCUGGCCAGCCGGGUUAUGGCGCCACGGGUAUGAACAGGGGUGCUGGCACCGGGACUCACGGAACUGGUAUCGGCGCCACUGGCAUUGGUAUCCAUGAGGCUGGGGGUUUAGGCGGCGGGCUCACGGGUAUGCACGGUGCUAAUACGGGCGCCGGGACCCAUGGCACGGGCCACGGCGCUCACGGCGUCACAGGAACCCAUGGCGCCGCCGCCGGGGCGUACCCUCUUGGAGGCGAGCACAAGACCGGCGGCAUCCUUCACCGCUCAGGGAGCUCCAGCUCCAGCUCUUCAUCUGAGGACGACGGGAUGGGCGGGCGUAGGAAGAAAGGAAUCAAGGACAAGAUUAAGGAGAAGCUCCCCGGGGGUCACAAGGACACCCAGAGCCAGCCGGCGGUGGCCGGCGGGUACGGCAGGACUGCAGGGUACACCGGUACGACGACCGGCACAGGCUCCGGCGGGGCGUACGCACCGACGACCGACGGGACGCACGAGAAGAAAGGCAUGAUGGAGAAGAUCAAGGAGAAGCUCCCCGGCGGCAACAAGGACUACGACCAGCAGCACACCACGGCGACUGGCGGGUACGGGCCAGGGCUCACCGAGACCACCGGCACGUACGGGACGACGGAAGGGACGCACGAAAAGAAGGGCAUCAUGGAGAAGAUCAAGGAGAAGCUCCCCGGCCAGCACUGA